GCGACCGUGGGCAGAGGUUUUUGAGUCUGUAUGUGCUUAGCCUGAAGCCGUAGCUGUCUCCUACGCUGGUGGUGCCAGGAGGCCCGCCGGGAUGCAGUGGGCCUUGGGCCGGCGGUGGGCAUGGAUCGCCCUAUUUCUGGCUGCCGUCGCGGUGCUGACCCAGGCCGUUUGGCUAUGGCUGGGUACGCAGAGCUUCGUCUUCCAGCGAGAAGAGAUAGCGCAGCUUGCUCGACAGUACGCUGGACUGGACCAUGAGCUGGCCUUCUCUCGGCUGAUCGUGGAGCUGCGGAGGCUGCACCCAGGCCAUGUGCUGCCGGAUGAGGAGCUGCAGUGGGUGUUUGUGAACGCGGGCGGCUGGAUGGGCGCCAUGUGUCUUUUGCACGCCUCGCUGUCUGAGUACGUGCUGCUCUUCGGCACCGCCCUGGGCUCCCGUGGCCAUUCGGGGCGAUACUGGGCUGAGAUUUCUGACACCAUCAUCUCUGGCACCUUCCACCAGUGGAGAGAGGGCACCACGAAAAGUGAGGUCUUCUACCCAGGAGAGACAGUUGUGCACGGCCCUGGAGAGGCAACGGCUGUGGAGUGGGGACCAAACACAUGGAUGGUGGAGUACGGCCGGGGUGUCAUCCCGUCCACGUUGGCGUUUGCCCUGGCUGACACUGUCUUCAGCACCCAGGACUUCCUCACUCUCUUCUAUACCCUUCGCUCCUACGCUCGGGGCCUCCGGCUUGAGCUCACCACCUACCUCUUUGGCCAAGACCCCUGACCAGCCAGGACUGAGGAAGACCUGUGGAUGGACAGGAGCGGGCAGGACCACACUCAUCUACUUGCUGGAACUCAUGUGCACCGACAGCAGCAUAUACCACACAUAUUAAGUUCCUGCUGUAUGAGGAAGGACAUACAUAGUUAUAUAUCCAGAUACAGCUCUUUGGGAGCAAAUGAGACGCAUAGAGAUGCUAAGAUUUGUAUGUACUGUAAGGUCAUGCACUCCCAUCCAUCCAGAGAGGGUCCCU